UUGAGAGUUGCCAUAAUAAAAAUGUCAAAACAAUAACAGAAAAAUGUCUAGUUCGGUUUGUGAUAGAUCCUUGGAUCCGGUGUUUUUGCAGAAUCAGUUGGCGAUAGCCAGAAAAGAAAUUCAUAACUUGCGUCAGCAACUUGUAUCUUUAAACCACGUACAUAGGAAAGAAUGUGAUCUUAUUUACAAAAAAUUGGAGGAAUGGCAAUGUCCGACUUGUAAGAGGAAAGAGGAUCGCCAGGAUGCAUCGGGACCGUCGACAACAGAGAAUGACAAUAGUGAUUUUCAGUGUAAAUAUAUAGGCACGAUAAGUACAAUUUUUCCUGAGAAAAGAGGCACACCUAGGCAGCCGGGUAUUUGUAAUGACAUGGUAGCUAAAUUAACGUUAAAUAGCAACGUUUUCACCAACCCGAAUCACGCGUUGGAAGGUUUGCAGGAGUUUUCGCAUAUGUGGAUCGUGUUUCAUUUCCACAGGAACGAUUCUACUCAUGUUAGAGCUAAAGUCGCACCACCGAGACUUAACGGUGUUAGAACUGGGGUGUUUGCUACUAGGUCUCCACAUAGGCCUUGCCCGAUAGGUUUGUCCUUGGUAAAGAUAGAUAGGAUUAUGGACAAUACGAUCUAUUUUAGUGGUGUUGAUAUGGUGGAUCAAACUCCAGUGUUAGAUAUCAAACCCUACAUUCCCCAGUAUGAUAAUCCGGGUUUAGUUAACUCGAAUUAUCUUGACGAGGGUUUAUCUGCAAGUGGUGAUGGUGUGAAUAAUUCUGAAUCCACAGCAAACUUCUCUAGAGAUAAUUUAUCAAAUUCCAUAAGAAAUCAGGCUAGUACUUCGAAUGUUGUAGACAGCCUAGAGAGUUUAAAUGUGAGGGUUAUGGAUGGGGAAGAGAACGGUCGCAGAGAUCACGCGUUGGGCUCUCCAGCAACGGAAAAUACCCUUUCCAGGAAUGAGGAAUCGUUUUACGGGAGGUCUAAUUCGAGGAUAGGCGAGCGGGAAGCUCCCGACGGUGAAGAGGAGGAAUCCCCGAGAACAGCUCAGGUUAGCACGUCAGUGCCCGCGGCAAGCACGCCGGAAGGUCAUAUCAGGGUACCUUCUUGGAUUGACCAACCUCCAGUUCCUAGGCUAACGGUGUUGUUCAAGGACAGGGCUUUAGCGCAGCUGACUCAACUGGGACCAGAGGGCGAUGAGAAGAAGACUACCAUAACGAACGUACUUAAAGAAGAUCCCAGAUCGGUGUACUUAAGGGAGCGUUGGGGCAGCCACUGCUACGUUUUCCGAAUAGCCGAGCUCUACGUCUCGUGCAAGUUCAACGACAAUACUCAGUCGGUGACGGUGUACCAGGUGUUCCAGAACGAGGCCCCGCCCGAGAACGACGAUUAAUCGGGUAGAUUUGAUUCGCUUACUAAAGUAGGUACUCGCUCAGGCGGGUCGUGGAGCAACGUAAUCCUCUAGGAACUCGAAUCGGGCUAACUUGAAUCUAAAUAUAAUCUCUUACGUAAGCAUACUUUGUCCAAGAAAUGGUAGACGAUAUAGCGAUUAAAUAGACGAUGUGGCUCUUGCUGUGAGCUUCAUUAAAUUCGCGUUAAAAUGUACAUCAAAGUGUCUAGAAACACCCAGAGUCAUUGAUAAUCAAUUAUGAUUAAGAAAUAGAGAGAAAUAAAAUCCCUAGAUGUUGAUAAAGCAGCGCAAUCAGUAGCGCAGUUUAUUUAUGCAAUUCAUCAAUAUUUUUAUCUAAUAUACUAUAUACAAGAAUUAAUUUAAUUUUUUUCUUUUUUUUAUUUGACAUGCACAAACUGACAUGUCAAACCGCCAUUUUGGAGGAAACAGGAACAAUCGGUUGUGGUACUGGGUCAGUCUAGGGAGUUUAUAGGGAAAAAUGCGAAAGCGCCAUCUAUUGUCUGCCUCUUGAAAUGUAUAGAACCAAAAGAAGACAAUAGAUGGCGCUUUGAUUUUGAAAUUUAUUUAAUGAAGUUCUGUACCUUUGGUGUAUUUAGUUUACUAAAGUAAAUUUCUUGGCAUAGUAAUAAUAAUUCACCUUUAAAAUAUCGUAAAAUCAUAGAAGAAAUGAUUACAAUCCUGGUUUAUAUAUUUGUAGUUGGACUUGGGAAUGGGAAGACUAGAUGGCUAUGCUCAAAAAAUGUCUUGCUUGUUUAUAGAACUGGAAUUUUUGGGCGCCAUCUAGUGUUUUCCUUGCCAAGUUAGACUUGUUAGGCUGUAACGUACCAAGUACGAAAGCUGGCUUUAACGCUUUAGUGCAAUAACCAUAUCUUAAUUAAAUUAUUGGGGAUAUUAACAGGUACUACCUUAAACAGUAUUACUUAAGGGCUUCGACUAGGAAAGAUUACAACAUUUUUGUUUAGCAGUUCCUAGAAUCGUGACACAUAAACCGACUGAUGAUAAAAAUGCAUUUUAUUAACACUAAGUUACCGAAAAUUAUGAUUGUGUUGAACUUUGUUUACAUCGUUUAAAUCUUGAUUAUACGUAUAUACAGGGUGAUUCACAACUUAUUCGAAAAUAUUUGGGAAUAGACGCGGCAUGAGAAAUUUAGUCAAAUUUCGUAAAAAAAAAUUUUUGUAAAAUCCUUAUAGUUUCGGAGAAAAAAAUUAUGGAAGUUGUAGUAUUUUCAACCACUACAUAGCUGGACAACUGUAGUCUCUAAUGUCAUUCGUAAUACGCGUGGACAGCCACAUGGCCUCAGAGACUCCAAAUAGUCAAAUCCGAUUUUACAAUCGUCGUGGCGAUAGUGUUUACAAUAGUUUUUUUUUAGUAGUUAGUAUGG